GUUAUAGUCUGUCAAGUGUCAUCUUUGGUUAACAUUUUUCUGUUUUCCAGUUUCCGCUUUCCAGAUCUAUUAAACAAGAAAUAUUAACAAAAUGAGCAGCCAGCUUUCUGCUAUUGAUCUUCUGAAACUUGGUGAUGAAGGAAGAAAAAAACCGUUUUUAAAUCAAUAUUGGUCUUAUAUAAUAGGAGUUGCGUUUGGUUUGGGCACGGGAGUUUUUAUGAAUUUUGGGACUCGUCGACCUGUUAUGAGUGGUAUUCAAAAGCAUAUUAUUGCAACCGUUGGCUGGUGUGGCUUACUUACAUAUGUUCAAAAGUACAGGGAAGAUUAUUUCGCUGAAAAAGAUGCUGUGUUUAGACACUACAUAGAGUUGCACUCUGAAGAUUUUCCUGUACCAGAACGAAAGAAGAUUGCAGAUAUCCUGGAACCCUGGGUGCCUAUCAGAUAAUUUCGAAAAAAAAAAGCAAAAUAGAUAUGGUGAUUUUAUUUAAUAGUUUAGCAUAAACAUUGAAAUAAAUCAAAACAAAUUAUAAUGCACUUCUUAUUCCAUACUCUAGUUAAAUAAGUUAAUUAUAAAACAUAUAAACAACACUUUUUUACUAAUUUUCUUAUUAUAUAGAGCUUAUUUAUACUGUCAAUGUUUAGUAACCUCAAUAGAACUAAGUUAAAGUUUGUCCAAACACUGAAUGGCUAAAUAAAUAUAACCCUUGAUUUUU